UUUCCAGUUGCUGAAUGUUUACCAUAGGUGUAAGGUGUGUGCUGCCGCAAGUGUUAAUAUUUUUUUAUCGUAAUUAAUGUAGUAUUUGUAAUUCAAAAUCAGUUUACUGAUUCAGAUAUGUUCCUUUUUAUGUAAUAGUGCGGUAAAAUGAAUCCCUAGUGCUACAUUUCAGUUUUAUCAUUGUUAAUAAUCAUUUGUAAUUUCAAUAAUAAAACAGUGCUUUGCAACAAAUAACUAUGUCUUUAACUAUGAUGAAAGAAGUUAGUGAGUGCCAGGCAGAAACAGUGCAAUUUAUGGCGAUAGAAAAAGUUAAAUCGGACCCCACAGACACAGAGUACUCGGGCAGCACCCUCCUCAGACGUGGCAAGAAGUUGGAGGAUAUAGACAACAAUAAUCUAACGAAAGAGGACCUGGAGUACAUCAACUACCGUCAACUGUUGAAGUAUGAACAGGCUCCAGCUUACUUGCAACACAAUCCGUACAUCAGAGAUGGAUACCGAAAACUGUUACCAACAAAACUAUGUUGGGAGAGCAUAUUCUGGUGGACGAACGAGACGAUGAAUAUCUGGACGCACAUCUUCGGGUUCUUCCUGCUGCUGUGCCUGACCAUCAACGACCUGGCCAUCAUCAACAUCCACGCCACCGUCACCGACAAGACUGUUGCGGCUAUACUCUUCUCUUGCUUUCUGAUCUGCAUGGCUCUGUCAGCUCUGUACCACACGUUCUCAUGUCGAUCGGAAACAGACUACAACACUUUCCUAAUGUACGACCUGUUCGGGAUAGCUCUCUCCCUGCUAGCUAUAUACACUUCCGGGGUCUACUACGCCUUUUGGUGUCAUCAUGAGCUAAAAGCAUUCUACAUGACUUCAGUGACACUGAUCUUCAUAGUAGCAAUGGUGCUUCAGAUACCUCGACUGAACGUCCCUUACCUCGUUAAGAUGUGCGUGUUCAUCGGCUGGGCGGCGUAUGGGGUGCUGCCCACCCUACAUUGGACUUACACCAUGGGAGGGUUUGAUAACCCAAUGGUUCAGAUGUUCUUCCCUCGAGUUAUUGGAAUGUAUGUCAUCAGUGGAACGGCGUUCGCCAUUUACGCUUUCAAGAUCCCCGAGCGCUGGUUCCCGGGCAAGGUGGACUACAUCGGCCACUCGCACCAGUGGUGGCACGUAUUAGUACUGGGAGCACUCUACUACUGGCACAACUCAGCUAUGAUCUACGUCCAGUACCGCAUGAACCACGGCUGCGCGAAUAACAUGCGGAUAUUCUAGAUUUUAGACUUAAUUGUUAGUAAAAUUAUGUUAUGUUGUUCAACGCAGGCCCGGUGAUCAGACGGGCAUAGAUGUACUACUAAUAUUGCUAGAACCUGGGUGGGGAUUAGUACCUACCUAACAGGCCCCUGAGUUUCUCAGAGUAUCUGGCAAAUAUACUUCAGUAAAAUGCCCCCAUGUGUAUCAGAGAAACGAGCACCAAUAUGUCUGUAGCCAGGCCAGCAGUAUUGGUUCAAAUUCUUAUAAAUAGUGCGCAAGUCUCAGAAUUGCAAUUAGAUAGAUAUCUAAGGAUUUUAAAUUUAAUAACAAGGGCUGAAUGAAGGUCCCCUGCCUUAUAUCUGGUGCUUCUUUUAAAAAAUAAUGUCUGUGAUUCGAAAUUAAAUUACGCACGUUUCUAUUUGAUUGCUCAAAAAUAUAUGUUUGUAAAGAGUUUAUAGAACAUUGUGCAUAUUAAAUUGCCCUCUACUUCAUACAAACUGUAACUUUGAAUCUCAUUUAAACAGUAAUAUGAAUCCCUAUGGAUUACAGAUGUGGUAUUUCACACAAUAAGUAUGGCAAACAACAUUCCAUAUAAUAAGUAUGGCAGGAUUUUGCAUGACAGAACUUCUAAUAACAAAAUGUGAAGUUAGGUGGUACAUACAAAUACACACACGCUUUAUUAUUGGUGUACAGGUUGGUAAAACAAACUCUCCGAAUUGCUUUACAUCUGUGCAAGCUAUAACAUGCUAUGAUUGAGUAUCAGUAACGAAGAAACUCGCAGUAGCUAGAAUUUAAGACUUGCCUUGACAAUUAGAAACGCAGUAUUGUUUAGCGUGGACCAAAUGCAACUACUCAAUUUUAAUUAUUUUUAGAAUGAAUUGACCAAUAUUUCUUUAGACAAUUUUUUUGCUCAAAGCAAAGUUACCUUUAUUCCCGAGUGCAUUAAAAUACAGUAUAUCUCGUAUGGUGCAGACAGGAAUAACAUACUAAUUUAUUGUUAUUAUUAGUAGUUUUUACACUUAGCUCAAUAUUUAGUGAUAGGUUAGGUACAAAGACAGCUAAUCUUGCAAAUUAUGCUUGAAAUUGAUCGUAUUGUUGAGUUAAUUGUUUCAUAGCAUUUAAUUUUAUCGUCUGUGAUUUAAGCUUGAUAUUUUAUUUCUAUUGUACCUAUUACGGUCGAUGUAUUUUGUAUAUUACUUUUGUUUCUGGAACUGGGUUUGUUAAAAUUAUACAAAAAUACAUAAAUCCUCAAUCA